AUGUUAAAAUAUCUAUCUAUCGAACUGAGUGAUUAUUUUAACGAAAGCAAGAAGAUACUCCAAGAUCAAAUUAUAUCCCUAAUUCUUUGUAAUUUUCCCAUUCAACAUUUCAUUGGUUGGCUAUCUAUCUAUUUAUCUAUCUAUCUAUCUAUCUAUCUAUCUAUCUAUCUAUCUAUCUACACGAAUGUGCCAGUGUUUCUCUUUCUCCAUUUUAAUUUGUCUGUUUCAAUCUGCCUUUCUGUUUUGUUUUCGUAUCUCAUAUUCUUUCUUUCUUUCUUUCUUUCUUUCUUUCUUUCUUUCUUUCUUUUUUCUUUCUUUGUAUUCUCCAAUUAUCGCUAUUAUAAACAUUUACUAAAAUCUAUCUAUCUAUCUAUCUAUCUAUCUAUCUAUCUAUCUAUCUAUCUAUCUAUCUAUAUAUAUAUACUUACUGAUGAAUACGGUUCUUCAGAUCAGGAAAAAAAAGAAGAUUAA